AGCUCCUCUUAGAAAGUAGUUUUGAAACAGGUUUGGUGUUUUCGGUAAAUAUUUCCGUGUUUUCAGUGAAAAUGUCUUCAGUUCCGCCUCAGAGAGAGUUUAUCAACGAGCAGGUAACUCCUGCUGGAGAAACAUUCACAGAGUUUAAAGAAAUCAACGUUAAGAUGGAGGAAGAGAUGGAGGAUCAGCGCAGACUGAUGGAUUUUACCCGGAUACCGAGGAUCAUCUUACACCGGAUAGAUCUCCCACAAUGUUGUGUGUGUAAAGAGGAGGAGGUUCUCAAUGAAACAGAACCACAGAGGAACCAACUCAUCUCUCAUGGCUCUGCAGAAACUGAGAACCAGAAUCAGGAAGGAAUCAAGUCUGAAGACCCAGGAAAAAAGAGAAAGGAAGAACAGAAACAAAAGGAGAAAUAUGAGAAAACCAAAGAGCAGGAAGGCAGAACUGACACUUCAAAACAAAAAAAGCACAAGAAAGCUCACACAGGGCAAGAAUUAUAUUCUUGUAAAAUUUGUGAUGAAACCUUUUCUCAAAACGAUAUCUUGCUGAGACACAUAAGAAUUCACAAAGAUGAGCGGCCUUUUUCUUGUGGGACUUGUGGAAAGAGUUACAGUAAAAGAGGGACUUUAACUCAUCACAUGAGAAUUCACACAGGUGAGAAGCCCUUCUCAUGUGGGACCUGUGGAAAGAGUUACAGUGAAAGAGGGACUUUAACUCAGCACAUGAGAAUUCACACAGGUGAGAAGCCUUUCUCUUGUGGGUCUUGUGGAAGAGGUUUCUUCCUAAAAACUAAUUUAAAUGUUCACAUGAGAAUUCACGUUUCUCCCGAAAACCCUAUUUAA